GAAUCUAUGAAGUCAUGGACAAUUGAUCCUAAACACCACAUGUCAUGCAGGCAUACAAGGAGUGGAUUCUCAAGACAAUUGAGGAAACUUGGAAUCUUUUUCACUAUAAAUUCAUUGCUAACUGGGACAAGCAUAAAACCGGUCCUGGUGAGGCAUAUCUUCCUGCAAUCUAUGACAAUCCUGAGGUUCAGCUGCUUGUUACAGAAGAAAUACAUGAUGGAUUUGUUUCAUGAUUCUCUAGGAUUUGGUGCUGCCAAAAUGAUAAGGAGAAUUGUUGGGGUGGCCCAUGUUGAGGAUUUUGAAUCCAUUACUGAUGCUAGUAAACGAGCCACAUGUGAACGCCGGGCACUCAAUUAGCAAAGUCGAUUCUCAAGGAAAGAAGGACGUUUUGAAGGGAUCACUGAAGUUAUUUCAGCAAUUCGCCAAAUUUAGUCCUGGGGUCAGGGGCGAGGUUUAGCUAUCUAUACCUAGAUGGAAUACUGAGUCUUCCUAUAAUCAAAUCUCCCAUGAACUGCAUGACGUUGUUGACCGUCAAUAUUAUUUACAAGAGAAUACAAAUUUUGCUGUUUCAUACUGAGGGAUUUGUUUCCUAAUUAUGCCGUCAGAUAUAUCAGUGCACAUCCCAUCAUGUAUUCCAUUGACAUGUACUGCAAUAAGUUUUGUACUCAAUAAUAGUAUCUUUUCACGUAA